AUGUGGUGUCGAGGUUUCCUGCAGACGGUCAGAUCCAUGUCGACCAGCAGACAGGCGGGCAUCCUCUUUGACGUGGACGGCGUCCUGCUCCGUGGUGGCUCAGUGAUUCCAGCCGCUCGACGAGCAUUUCGGAAGCUUCUGGACCAAAACAACAACUUCCUGUUUCCUGUGGUCUUUGUCACCAAUGCUGGAAGCUGUCAGAGACAUCAUAAGGCCCAGCAGCUGUCUCGCCUGCUGGAGGUCCAGAUUGCCCCGGAGCAGGUAGUUCUUUCCCACAGUCCUUUGCGAAUGUUGAAGAGUUUCCAUGAUAAAUGUGUUCUGGUGUCUGGACAGGGACCAGUGACAGAUAUCGCCAACACUUUGGGUUUUGAGAAGGUCGUGAGCAUCGAGCAGCUCAGAGAACAUCACCCCCUGCUGGACAUGGUGGACCACAACAGGAGACCCCACCAGCCUUUGUCUCCUCUGCAGUCUCUUCCCAAAAUAGAAGCGAUCAUCUUGUUCGGAGAGCCAAUCAGAUGGGAGACCAACCUGCAGCUGCUGAUGGACGUGUUCCUGACCAAUGGGAGUCCUGGUUGUGUGUACGAUCCUCAGCUGUCGGCCCAGCUGCCGGUUCUCGCCUGUAACAUGGACCUGAUGUGGAUGGCAGAGGCCCCGUCACCAAGGUUUGGUCACGGGAUGUUCCUGCUGUGUCUGGAGUCCGUCUACAGGAAGAUGACGGGUCGAGAGCUUCAGUACCAGGCGCUGCUGGGAAAACCCAGUCUACUAACAUACCAGUAUGCCGAGCACCUCCUCAGACUGCAGAACCACAACCAGAAGCUAACCACCAUCUAUACCGUCGGAGACAACCUGAUGACGGAUAUCUAUGGCGCUAACCUGUACAACCGUUACCUGGCUCAGCAGCAGCACGCUGCCAUAACAACCACUACCAAGCUUGUUUCUCAGGGGAUGGGGAGUCAGGUGACAACGACGGUGCCGGAGGAGCCGCUGGUGUCGGCUGCUGCUCAGUGUCGUUCUAUACUGGUGUGCACAGGCGUCUAUAACCCUCACUCCCCGUUGCCUAGUGACCAGAACAGCAUGGUCACAGUCUUCCAUGGCCACAGAGACCUGGUCCUAGAGCCAGACCUGGUGGAGCCGAGCCAUGUGGUGGAGGAUGUGGAGGCCGCUGUCGACCUGUUGCUGCAGCAGGAGAGCGCUGUCACUCCUGACCUCUGA